AUGAGUCCCAGUCGCGCCGGCAAGUACGGCGCCCUGGAGAACAGGAAGAAGCCCAGCCGGCGGGAUCUGCUGGACCAGCAGCAAGGCGGGGAAGACCCCGCAAAGGAGGCGGGAGGGAGGUCCAACUACGGGAAGCUCUCGGCCGCCCAUGUCUUGAUCCGGCGCAAGCUCAAGGAGCGCAAGCGCUUCGACUCGGCCGACUACGCCAUGGAGAAGCAGGGCCAGCCCACGGACGUGCCGGCCGAUGUCGCGGCGAACCCUGCGGCCCCUGGCACGGCCCAAGCGUCGCGGUACGGCGCGUUGGGUGCGGCCCAGGCGUCUAUUGAUCACCAGGUGAAACACAUUAAACUGACGGAGGACCCCAGCGGACGCGUGGCCUCGCCCGCGAAGCCCGUGGUCGCCAAUGCAGCUCAGGCUGCGCUGGCCGCCCGGGCCGCGCGGUACGCUGGGCUGAGGGGCGCGGCUAGCGCAAACCCCACUCCAGUCGUCAACUCGCAGGCGGCGCUGGAUCGCUACGGCCUCGACAAAAGCGCGGCGCCGUCUGGUGCCGCCGCUGCACGCAACGUGGUGCUGCAGCGCAGGCUCGCUGAGCGCAAGAUGUUUGACUCGGCCGACCACUUCAAGGAGGCGGCUUGA